AUGGGUGCUUUGGGAGCGAUCGUCGUGGCCAUCAUUAUCCGGCUGGUAGUGGGCAGCACUAUAGACAUAAACCUGAACCAACAGGAUGCUCAAGUUUACCAUCGGCAGGACAUGAAGAAGGGCGAGUUCGAUUACGGGUACCACGUGCAGUCGGUUAACAAUCAGUUCCAGCACAAGGUGAAGGGUCCAGACGAUGUGACGUACGGGUGCUACGGGUACGUGGACCCGUCGCAUCGGAAGCACCUGGUGUACUACGUCGCCGAUCGGAUGGGCUACCGGAUCAUCUUCCCGAAUCGGCCCACGAAGAUCUUCAGCGCAAAGUUGGCGGACAGUUUGAACAAGCUGGACGGUACGGUCAAGGGAAAGGACUACGACGAGCGGGUGGUCGAGUGGAACAAUCUGUACAUGCCCGAUUCUUGCUUCCGGCUGAACGAGAUUUUGGAGACGGCCGCGAGCAAUCAGUCGCCCCAACAGCAGCAACCGGUACCGGUGUACCCAAAGAUCUCCCAGCAAGUCCCGAAACAGGAUAGACCAACGGUACACUACCCGGCAAAACCUGCACCUGCACUUCCGCAACCGACCCAGUACACGAUUCCAACGACACCGGCCUAUACGGUCAAUGAAGUGGAGACCGAUACGUACCAGCCAGACCCGCACGAUGGAGGCCAGCAGCAGCCCGCGUACCAGGGUGGAGUGGGAGUGAUUCGGGUACCGGAGUCAGCCAACCAGGGUCGCCAGCAGUCGCCAGUGCAGCCACAAACCUGGCAGGGUUCGCUUCCGGACAUCAAUCCGGCUAACAUCAACCUGGAUCAGUUCAAUGGGCAGGUUUAUCCGGUCCACACCGGUAGCUACGAUGGAUCGGCCCAGGAUGCCCUGCAGGGUUUCGCGGGUACGAGUCAGUUCUCGAGCGCCCAGUACAACCUCAACGUCACGCAGUUGCUGGCCCAGAUCGAGGCGGUCAACUCGCAGGUUAUCACGCUCAACAUGCUGCUGGCCGGAAUGGCCGCGAAUCCGACGGCUUUCGCUAACGCCAACGAGAGCAGCUGCCGCAGCGUGGUGCAGCUGCUCAAGACCCAGAACCGCACACCGCAGCUCGUCUACGUGCCGAUCCUGAUCCCGUACGCGCAAGGCCAGUACAACAUUAAUCAACCGAUCGGUUCGGCCCGCCCGGAAGCGUAUCACUCUCAGGGACAGCAAGCCGGUUGCAAGGGUUGCCACCAGGGGUAG